UACCUGCUCGUCAGCGCUUCCUAUACCUGUAUUCACUCUUACUUGCAUCUUUCAGCUGGUCUUGGAUCCGGAUAUCCGCUCGUCUUUGUCUCUCACUUGACUGACUGCGUCAUCAACAUUACUUCCUCUUCGAAAUUAGUACCCAACAUCAGUCGCAUCCGUAAGCAGGUCUUCAAGAUGCACACCAACACCUUCACCAUCCUCUCUUCGGUUCUCUUCCUUGCCCCCUCACUAUGCGCAGCGCGCGUCGUCCCUCCUCAGCCCCCGCGCAUUCUCCCCCGUGGUGACGCACAGUCAUUGCUAUCGUCAUCCGCUACAUCUCUGGCCGACAAGUGCACCUUCACCCUCUUCCACAAGCAACUCAUGACCGCUGCCCGUCCAGCCUCGGCAAGCGAUGGGAAGAUCAACUACGUCCAAGUCGACAGCUUGGAAGACCACAUGAACGGAAUCACCAUCGAUGUCGCUUCUUCGAGACCCCGGACGGAGCGCAACUCGCAUGUGAAGGUCUCCGCGACGCAGAUCUUUGAGAUCGAUGGACUGUUAGAUGACACCAAGUUGACUAUCUACGGCUCCGAUGGAGAAGACGCACUGGUCUUUGAGUACGAUGGGCUGAAGUGGGCGACCGAGGGCGAGAGCAAGAAGUUGCACCCCGAAGCGUGGUGUGACACCGGUCUCUGGGCAGAGAGUGGGAACGGAAGCAGGCAACGAUCAAUGAAGUGCGCGUUCCCUUGCGCCAAAAUCGAGGACGACGAAGAGGACGAGAGGGAAGAGUUGCGGUAGAUCACUAGGGUCCAACGUAGGGCUCUGGGCCAGCAUUCGACAUGCUACUCAUCCAAUCAGGGCAAGACUCUAGAAUUUCCUUUGUCAAUACUUCGAUUCUCUAACACUUGAUACCCACCCAAAAAGAAAGAUAGUCACAUCACAGUGUGAAAGCUG